UAGUGGAACCAGUGAUGGAGACUUUUUGUCUCUGGAUCCAUUGAUGGACAUCAAAAUAGAGCCAGAGGAAUUCUGUGAGUCUAAUGAAGAUGAUGAAUAUUCAUAUGAAAUGAAUUCAACAGUGAAUGAAAAACAUCCACAAACUUGUAAAAAGGAAAUAAAACAAGAAAGAAGAAAUAUUCACAAUGGAGAGAAGUCUUUCAUAUCCACUGACUGUGAGAAAACAUUUUACAAGAAAAUUAAUCUUACAAAUGAUAUCACAAAUCCUACCAGAGAGAAAUUCAUAUGCAAUGACUGUGGGAAAGCAUAUUCCCAGAAAAUACAUCUUAUAGUUCAUAUGAGAAUCCAUACCGGAGAGAAGCCAUUCAAGUGCAAAGAAUGUGGGAAAUCAUUUUACCGGAAACCACAUCUUACAAGUCAUAUGAGAUUGCACACUGGAGAGAAACUAUUCAGAUGCAAGGAAUGUGAUAAAGCAUUUUCCCAUAAAUCAAAACUUACAGAUCAUAUGAGAAGCCAUACCGGAGAAAAGCCAUUCAUGUGCAACGAAUGUGAUAAAGCAUUUUCCUCUUCAGAUCAUAUGAGAAUCCAUACCGGAGAAAAGCCAUUCAUAUGCAAGGAAUGUGGGAAAGCAUUUUCCCACAAAUCAAGUCUUACAUGUCAUAUGAGGUUGCAUACUGGAGAGAAGCCAUAUAUGUGCAAGGAAUGUGAGAAAGCAUUUCCCCGGAAAUCAAGUCUUACAUGUCAUAUGAGGUUGCAUACUGGAUAGAAGCCAUAUAUGUGCAAGGAAUGUGAUAAAACUUUUUCCCACAAACCAAGUCUUACACUUCAUAUGAGAUUGC